UGACGCUCGCUGUCCCCUAGGAGAGGAUGAUGAGGUGAGAGCACGGUGCCGGGACGGACAACAGCGGGGCAGUGGCUGCCUUAGAGCUGCAGAGAAAUCUACAGAAGGUUUCUUCCUCCUGGCCAAUGCACUCUACCGCUCUGUGCCGUGGUUUUGCCGUCUCCUGGCUCCAAGGGCUCCUCUCGCCAUGAGCUUCUUCGAGGAGGCCGAAACAGAGGAGACAGUGACGUGCCUCCACCUGACCUUCUACCACCCCGGGCAGGCUGAGAAGAUGAUGUUCCGCUGCCUGGAUUUCUGCCGGCGGCAGCAGCUGCGGGCGGACGACACGGCCAAGUUCGGCCGUGACUCCAGCCUGUGCCGCUACAGCCUGGUGGACACGCGCGUCUCCCGCAUCCAGUUCUCCCUGCAGUUCUACAGGAAGCUCCACAGCUCCGAGUACGCCUUCGAGAUCAAGAACCUGAGCAAGAAAACGAAGCUGACCGUCAACCAAACGGAGCUGGGCUACUUGAACAAAAUCGACCUGCCCUGGAAGUGCAUCAUCUGCUUUGGGGAAUACCAGGUCCUGGCGGAGAUUCAAGAAGGGGAGGCCGUGGAUUAUUUUGAGACUCACUUGCACUUGGCUGAAGCACCCAUCUUACAAGAAAGGUGCCUGCCAUCCCUGCAGCCUGUUCCUGAGAAUGGCAUUUCUCCUUCCUUUCCUCCUGGCCAAGGCAAAAGCCCCACAGAGAUUGAUGAGAACGAGAUAUGCUAGCGGGGAGAAGGAGGCUGGAUCAGGUUUUCUGGCCUCCAGCACACACAGCUCUCACCUCAGCCCAGUGUUCUUGGUGGUGCUCACUGACUGCCGCACAUCAGUCUUCUUUACUUGCUGUUAUCAGCACAGGCAUUCCAGAGCACUGCUCCUUCCACAGGAAUGGAUUCCUGACACUGCCUUCUCGGAGGGCUCUCUGAUGCCCAGAAUGGUGUGGGAGACAAGGGGUCACUCAAAUCCACAGAAUCCCAGAACUGUGGCCACGUGCCUUGGAGGGAUAUUUAACAGGCACUAAUACAGAGCGAGCACAGCAGGUUUUGGUCCCAACCAGGGGGUGACACAGUGUCUUGUUGCAUAUUUUACUUUGUGCUCUGCUUUGCACACCAAAUCCCAAACAGUAUUUUUUGCGAGCCUAUGUUGUGACUUCACAGAUUUUGCAACUUAAAAACACUUUGUCCUUUUAUGUUUUUAUUAGCUUCAAAGCAAGGUUUCUUUUUUAUUUUCACUUAUUUAAUUAAUAUAUAUAUAUUUUUUUUGCAAGUUAACUACUUUUGCUUGUGAUGUAGACAAACAUGUAGCACCAAUGAUCAUGGUCUAUAAAAAUCCACAAUUAUUUUGCAAUAAAUACAUUUUGUUCCCUAGUAAGGGUUUGCUCUGUUAUAUGGCUGCACUCUAAAAGAAUUUUUGGAGAAUAAAAUUAUUUCCAGGACCAUCAAGAUAAGAGACUGUCACUGGGCUUUCCAAAGAUGCCAUGGCUCCAAGGUAAGAAUUUACUUAAAUACUUCCAGGAAGUUUUCUACCUCUACUCCUCUACCCAAACCUCUCUAAUAAUUUUCUGGUCUUUUAAGUAUUUCUCAGAUUGUUUCAGUCAUGUUUUUCUUUGUCAGGGGCUCAGCUUUUCAUUGGCGUUUGGCUUUUUUAUUUUGGCAAGGAUUUUAGCUUGCUUGAAAGACACACUGGGGAAGAAUAGGAGUUACCCACUUCAUCACCCCUGAAUAUUAGGAUGCAUUUCAGCAUUAAUCAUUCCAAGAAAACCAUAAUUAUAACUGAGGGGAGGAACAGCUGGGAUUAAGGCAACCAACCACGAGUGAGAGAAAGCCACAUGGGAGAGGCAAUGAAACUCAAACACAGGCUUAUGCAGGAUUUGCCUGUUCAUCUCCUCUGUGACAAAAUUACUUUGUUGCCAUGUUUUCUACUCUUGGAAGCCGGCUGUGGUUUCCAAACAACAAUCACUUGCUCAGCUGUGUUUACCUGAGGAAAGAAUCAGUCGUGUAAAAUGCAUAUUAAAAAAUGGAUUGUCUCCUAUCACUACAUUGAUCUGACCAGCAGAAGGUGAUUUACACAAGGAAGGUUAUUUUGCCUUUAAAGGGUGUGGGUACAGCUGCUCAUUUCCAACAGGAGAAAGGCUCCAUGCUCCAAACUCCCCAGGUCUUCUGCAGCAGGUCCCCAGAAGGGACACUGUGGGAUUCAGCAGGGCUCUGACAUGGCUGCCACAAACCCAGCAACAGAUACCACACUGCCAAAUGUAAGACUUGCUGAAAAUUUUAAUGACUCUUGAAUUUGUACAGAUAGGCAUUUUACAGUACCCUGGAACUGCUUUGCAUGAGCUGUUUGUGGAAUCCCUCCAUCUCUCAAAUACCCACAGAGAUAGAGCAUCACUUCAAAAGUCACCCAGCGUGGUGCACUGAGCUCUGCAAAUGUUAUCAUCAACCAUGGCUACAGAACAUGCCCAUCACAGAAAAAGCUGGAGUCAGCCUCCUGUUUCCUCAGUGCUUGUUCAUCCCAAGGGCAGGACUGUCAGCUAAUUCCUCAAGGCAUGGUCAGGAUAAGGUCACCUCAUGUUCCCUGGCCAGGAGCAGCAGUGACCAGGGAAGGGGAGGAGACAGUUUCAGCAGGUAAAAAACAAGUUAUUUACAUGUGGAGGAAGUUGCCUUCCUUCCCACAGGAAUAUGCUAUACAAAGAAAUAUCCAAGAGAAGUCACACAGCAGUAGCCUAGGCCAAACCCAACAUAUACAUUUGAUGUGUACAGGUCUUUAAAGCUCAUUACAAGUAUUGCAAAUGUAAAUAAUGGUAGUGAAAUAUUUCCAGUGACGUGGCUACAACUGAAGAGAUGGAAUGUUACCAACAGGAUUUAACUGAAAUGAAGAGAUGGAAUGUUACCAACAGGAUUUAUCUGUUCUCUCGGGUUACUUGUACACAUUUAACCCCAGUGUGCAUGAUUUCUGUUCCUUAUCCACACAGUAACCACCCAAAUAUUCCACAUAGCUUCAGAUGAGCUAAACCACAUUUUUCACACAGCUUUCACCAACAAAUUCAGUUCUGAUGAUUGACAGAGCAGGUUUGUUACUUACCACAACAUGUUCUUUUUACUCCAAAACAAAGUUAAACCCUGUCACCCUUUUCCCCCUGGAAAAACGAGACAGCUGCACAAAAUAAUGGCAGAGUAGAAUGGCUUUACUUUGAAACUUUGGGGAAAGCUUGAGACCUGCAAGUACUUUGCAGGUUCUCUUUUGCUAAAAAGUAAGAUUGACAUGGAAUACUGGGGGAGACCACACAGCACAGGACAGCAGCGGUGCAGUCACUGAACACCUCCUUGGAUUUCAGCCCCUAUUGGCAGGAUUAACCAUCCACUUGAGAGGCACAGGAAAGGCAGAGCACUUUAACACACUGUUAGAACAUGAUUUUUUCUUCUUUCUUUUCAAAAUGCAGGUGUAAAAAUUCAGUCUUUAGGUUCUUGUUCUUCCCACCCUGCCAGCAGCAGAGCCAUCAUCCCUCCCUGUUUGCUCGCUGGAUGUUGCUUUUCCAUAAUUGUUCUGGUCCAGUGGAAUUAUAAAUUUUCCACAACUGAAGGAUUUUAAGGACCGUGUAGCAACAGAGGUUGGUCUGUUCAGGGGGGCUGGGAAAACAAGACUUUGGUCCUCCCAGUUCUUCACUGGUUAAAAUUCCCAUUUUAUUGACACAUACAGAGAAUUUAUAUUUUAUUUUUGCUUUUCUACCUAGAACACGCUUACUAAGUCUGGCAUAUUAUUACACAAGGCAGUACCUUACCUAACCUGAUGAGUUUUACUGUGUUCAUUGAGGUUAACCGUGCUUGGCAUAAAGCAAUUAAAUAAAUAAAAUAAAUGGAAAAAGGACAACAGAAGACUAGAAAGGCUUCAAGCUAGACAGGGGAAAAUCUGCAGAUUUGCCAUGUGUAAAAUUUGUUUUGCAGCUCUAAAUAGCUGAAGAGCAAGUCAAAAAGCACAGAAAUAGAAAUAUUUAAAAAUUAUUUCUCUAUCUUCAAGUAUUAAAUUAAAGAGGACUGUAUUAAAUUAUAGAGGACUGUUUCUGAGAUAAAUAUUAGGCCAACGAUGAAUUUUAAAACAAAAUCAAUAGAAACAUCAUCCAGAAA